AUGGUGCUCGUCCUGUGCAUAUCGGACCUGCACAUCCCCCACCGAGCGGCGGACCUGCCCUCCAAAUUCCGGGAGCUCCUGCAGCCCGGCAAGAUCUCGCACAUCCUGUGCCCCGGGAACCUGUGCUGCCGGGAGACGUACGACUUCUUGAAGACGGUCUCGGCGAACUUGCACCUCACCAAGGGGGACUUUGACGAUGUCAGUGCGCCAGAGGAUAAGGUGCUGAACAUAGAAAGCUUCAAAAUUGGGAUCUGCCACGGACAUCAGGUUGUUCCAAGCGGCGACGUCGAAGCUCUGGCGAUUCUGCAGCGCCGCCUUGAUGUGGACAUCCUUGUCACUGGCCACACCCAUAAGUUCUUGGUGCACCAGUAUGAGGAUCGGCUUCUAAUGAACCCAGGAUCAGCAACCGGGGCCUACUGCAUGUAUGAAAACGAGGUCACACCCAGUUUUAUCCUCAUGGACAUCACUGGCACCAAGGUCGACCUGUACAUCUAUCAGUUGAUCGAUGGUGAGUCUAAGAUUAAGAAGAUGGAAUUUGUGAAGCCAGUGGGCAAAGGCGCCGCAAAACUGGCCACAAACGUAUUGGAAGCGACGAAACCAGUGGUCACCGAGACCAAGCCCAUAACCACCGAGGUGCCGUCCCUUGACAAAGUGGCGGACAAGGCAGUGAGCUCUGGAGCGGCAGCCCCCCCUGCGGAGCCCUCGCCUUAUGCAGACCAGGCUUCCUCCGAAAUGCCGGAAGCUUCGCUGGACGGUGACCUGCAGUUUGCAACGAUACCAGCGGCAGGUGCAGAUGACGAGCCGGCACAGAUUCAGACGCUGGGGUCAUCAGGCGCCGGCGGCCCAGUGCCAGGGGGAGAAGAGGGCAAAAAGAAAGAAGACGGGGUGAAGGGAGGGGAUGGCAAGCCAGAGCACUGA